AUGCCAUACCGUAAUGCCCUGGCUACGCUGUGCGCACGGCGGCAGGUGGACCUGACGAAGGGGUACUACGACAGCGGCGACAACGUCAAGUACGGGCUGCCCAUGGCGUUCACCGUCACCACGCUCGCGUGGAGCGUGGUGGAGUACGGCAGCACGCUGGCGGCGCAGGGGCAGCUGGACCAUGCGCUGGACGCCAUCCGCUGGGGCACCGACUUCUUCAUCAGCGCGCACCCGCAGCCUAACGUGCUGUACGCGCAGGUGGGCGACGGGCCGUCGGACCAUCGGUGCUGGCAACGGCCCGAGGACAUGACGACGCCGCGCAUGGCGUUCCGCCUGGACGCCAAUAACCCCGGCACCGAGACUAUAGUUCUGGAUUGCAUCUUCCUCCAUCUCCAUGCCGCCGUGCCUCUAUUCUUCUCUGCGUACGGCGCCACUAUGGUCGUCUUCCAUGCGAUGCACUCUCAACCAACCCACCCCAUACCCCCGAACCCACUAUCCACCGCUUGUGCGCAGCUAUUUAACUUCGCCAACACCUACCGCAAGUCGUACGUGAGCAGCAUUCCGUCAGCCGCCGCCUUCUACAACUCCUACUCCGGAUUCAAUGUGAGCCGCCCCUCACCCGCACGCGCCACCUCUGCCCAUUGCCAUGUGCGUCACGCCACUCGAUUGGGGGUGGUUGUGCGCUCCAUGCCGUCUCACAACUCCCCGCACUACUUGCAAAACUCCAUUGCUCGCGCGCUCGAUUGCCCCUCCCCCUUCUCGCCGCAGGACGAGCUGCUGUGGGCGGCGGCGUGGCUGCAGCGCGCGACGGGCGAGGCGCAGUACCUGGCGUUCGUGAAGAAGAACAACGAGACACUGCAGGGCGCCACCACCAGCAUGAACGCCUUCUCCUGGGACAACAAGUUUGCCGGCGCGCAGAUCCUGCUCUCCAAGGUGUUUUUCAAGGCGCGCGACCCCGGGCUGUACGGCUACCAGCUGCGCGCCAAUGACUUCGUGUGCGCUACCGUCGUGCGCGGCACCCGCACGCCAGGCGGGCUGCUGUUCGUGCAGCCGUGGAGCAACCUGCAGUACGUGACGGCCGUGUCGCUGCUGAUCGCCGUCUACAGCGACUACCUCGACCGCGCCAGCGUCGCGUCCGUGCAGUGCGACUCCACCGCCGUCACCCCCGCCGCCAUGCGCAAGUUCGUCGCCAAACAGAUGAGCUACCUGCUGGGCGAGAACCCGCGCCGCAUGAGCUACAUGGUGGGGUACGGCGCGUCGUUCCCAAUGCGCGUGCACCACCGCGGCGCGUCCAUCGUGUCGAUAAAGAAGGACCCGCGCCCCGUGGGGUGCGAGGAGGGCUUCAAGUGGUUCCACACGCAGGUGAGCGCGUUCGCCGUGAUGAUCGCCGGCACGUUGACACGACGGCAGCAGAAUGCGAGGCGGCGGUCCAUACCCUCGCCGGGGCGGACGACCGUGGUGAUGCGGCGCAAGUAUCCAGCGCCCUCACGGAGUCCUUGCUGUCAUAUCCUUCCCCCCACCCGGUCUUCUCCUUUCUGUGCGCCUGCCUUCUCAUCUGCUGCUCACCCUCCCACACUCCAUCUCUUUUUCCCAGCAAGUUGUACCCCCUCCCACCCCAUGCCCUGCCCGCUCAUUAUCCCACCUACAACACCCGUCGUCCCGCGGCCUGCGCAGGCACCGAAUGCGAACGUGCUGGUGGGCGCAGUGGUGGGCGGGCCGGACAACAUGGACGCGUACAAGGACGUGCGCGACAACUACCAGCAGAGCGAGGUCUCCACCUACGUCAACAGCCCCCUCGUCGGCGCGCUCGCCCGCCUCCUCGCCGGCAACGCUCCCCUGCCGCCCAACCAGCAGACUGGAAAAGGCAACUGGGGCGGAGGCAUGGGCAAGGGUGGGGGCAACGGUACAAGGAAUGGAAGCAGCGGAAAUAAAGGCGGGGGGCAAGGGGGUUCUGGCGGCGGGAGCAAGAGUGGCAACACGGGUGAUAAGGGGGGUGGAGAGAAGAGUAGCAGUGGGAAGAAGCCUGAUAAAGAUGGGAAGAAGGGCGGUGAGGGCAGUGGGGACAUGAAGUAUAGGAAUGGUACCAACAAGAGCAGAGGUGGCAGCAGCAAGUCUGGCAACAAGAAUUCGGGCAGCAACAAGCCAGACGGGAGUAAUUCGGGCAGCAAGAAGUCAGAGGAAAAACAUUCGGGCAGCAAUAAGUCGGGCGGCGACAAAUUUGGCAGCAACAAGUUGGGCAGCAACAAUUCUGGCAGCAAUAAAUCGGGCACACAAGGCCCAUCCACGUCGUUCAUUGCAUCAGUGCGCGAUGCAGAGUACACCCCAGAUGGCCCCAUCCCCAUGCGCACCGCACAGCGUGCCAACAUAGGCGUGAGCCCCUGGACGGGCGAUAGUGGUGUAACUGGUGUAAGUGACGGUGGGAUAAGGGCACAGCAGCCUAACGGACUGAACAGCAUGGCAGCUGCAGGCAGUGGAGCGUCCCAGUGGCAGCUGUUGGUGACAACGGUGGUGACGGCGCAGUGGCAGGACGUGCAGGGGCGCAGCAUGGCGCAGUACAUGGUUUUGCUGCGCAACGAGGGCACCACAAUGCUCGCCCAUAUCCGCCUCACGGCACAGGGCUUCCACCCCACAAGUGCUUGGGGCCUCGUGCGAGCUGGAAAUGACUACCGAGUUCUGGAAGGAGCUGGUGCGCUGGCUCCAGGCCAGACCAGCCGAUUUGGGUAUGUGCAGGAAGGAGAGGCGGCAUCGUUCAAACAAGCCCUGCAAGAGGAGGCCUGA